AUGUCCGCCCAAGACGAUCUCCGUAGCCUUUUCUCUGACUUUUCUGAUAACGAUCUGGUUAUUGACCAAAUCGACGCCGAGCUUAACGAAGCCCUCAGGGAGCAACUGGCUAAUGAAUCAGCUAGUGCUGCGGUUGUGAAAUACCCUCUUCCAGAUUAUUCUGUUGCUCUUCAGCCUACUGCUUUGCAUCCUAAUGAUCCUCUCUCUGUUGAUGAGCUGGCCUGGUUCCAAUUUCCCAAAAUGUCUGAACCCAUCACCGAACCCACUAACAAUUUUCAACCUGUCCCAACUAUGCAACCCAUUGAAAUUAAACCCAUUCCUGGUUCCACUGAACCCAACCCUGAUACUCUUGCUGCUACUUAUCUGCUUCUGGAAAUUUUCCCUUCCUCUCCUAAUGAAGUCUUUUCUGAAUUCAUGAACUUAAACACUCCUGUCGAAACUACUCUCAAGCCUUCAACAAAUUCUUUCACUUACAACUUUUUUGGUGAAGAUGUGGGUUCUAAGCUUGUUCCCUUAUGUGACUCUACUAAACUCUCUCCUCAUGACCAGCCUGUCCCGAUUUUCACUAAAGUAUCUACUGAACCACCUGUUCCCAUGGAGCCUGCCACCAUGGACCCCAAAGAUUCCUUUGUUCCAUUCUUCAAUGGGGGCUUUGAUACCGUUGAGUUUGAGCAAUUUUGCAUUGGGGAAUCACUCCCUGUUUCCGGCCUUAAGAAUACCGAGCUAGCCCUGCCUUUGGACGCUGAUGCCUUGAUCCCACUUUUCGGAGAAACAAGUUUCCUAAACACAGAAAACAUCACCGACGAUAUGCUUGUUGACCCUCACAACAAUGCAUCUGCCACCAUUAGAAAUAAUGAGCCUUGUGACUACACUCACUCUCCAGAUUUCAACAUCACUUGGGAGGAGGAGAAGGAAGCCAAGUUGUCUGCUAAUAAGAUUGACUUCAGUGAACAAACCCAAGCUGCUUUCAAAGCACAACAAGUAGCCUCUCCUCUGGAUUUGAUGGACGACAUCUUUGCCGAAAUUGGUUUCUUUCCUGGUCUGUACCCUCAGACCGAUGCUAUCAAUUUUUCAAAAGGUGCUAACGAUCCUUUAAUUGUCCCUAUUCAAGACAAUAUAUACUCCCAGCAGUUCAGUGAUCAAACAUUAUGUGCUCAAGAUUAUAUUGAACAGUAUUCAUAUCCUGAAGCCAACCAAAAUGCCUUCGGCGAGGACACCUUGGUUGAUUUGGAAGGUGCUAUUGCUGAGCCCCAACCUUCUGAGGUUACUGUUGGAAAGAUUGAUGAAUUGUCUCUCCAACAAUCUGUCAAUUCCUUCACCACAGUUAAGAAAGUGCCUCGUCCUAAAGAGGCUCUGGUUUUUAUUCACAGACGGCGUCCGAAUACAUUCAGACCCAGGAGCAUCAAACACAUGGCAGUCAAGUCCCAGAAUUUGGCAAAGGCAGAUCUAUCGACUCUUACAAAGUCUGCUGGCUCCAAAGCCACUACAACAGCAACAAAAUUAGAGCGUAUUAAUGAUGUUUCUAAGCCUAUUAACUAUACUUACACAGAUGCCCGUGUGAUGAAGAGCAAUGCUGCAAAGUUCAAAAGACUUUCCAGUGUUCCCAGGGCCAGCCAAGCCCGUGUGAUUAAGCAGAUCAGUGAGGCUGCCGAGGCUCAGGCUGCUGCUAAAGCUGCCGUACAAGCACUUGCUGUUGCUCAGACACACGCAGACGAAGCUGCUAAGGCUGCUGAGGCUGCUGAACGGCAACUUUAUGAUGCUCAGAAUCACGCUAAUCAGCAAUUCACCUAUGACACUUGCCAAAACGACUAUCAGCCUCUGCAAUUCUCUCAACACUAUCACAGGCUGAUCUCUCAAAAUGGGGUGCUGAGCCAGAACUACGGUAACCAGAGCCUCUCAUACCCACAGGCACAAGAUGGAUACUCCGGUGAUCAGACCCCAGUUCAGUUCCACCAUAAGAUCGACCCUCCAAGAAAAAAGCCUAAGACUAGCGGCAAGGCUAGAAGCUGGAGCCCAAGAAUCAAACCAGAACUCGAGUAUCCUCUCGAAAGCAUUCCAUACUACAUUGAAGAUGCUUCUCAGCUAACUAACAAUGCAAGAGCGUUGGAACUAAAUCCUGGUCAACACCGCGACAAAUGCAUUGAGCUUUACGAAGGUCAGAAGAAGAGAGAGCUUCAGACUAUUGUGAGAACUAGAUAUGUCAGAGACAAGAACGCUUUCUUGAAUCUCAAGCACAAAGAUGUCUUCUAUGAGUACAAUGACUACUUUGACGUCAGCAGACCCUAUCAACAGCAAUUCACCAGAGUUGAACUCGAGGAUGGAUCUCCCAAAAAUGAAACUAGAUGUGCCUUGUGUGCCUAUUGUGAGCAUCCUAGCUUCUUCGAAUUGAAGAACCUGUGCUACGCUCAACACAUGAGCCAUCUGCAUGGCAUCUACACAGAUGACUAUUUGGCUCCAAAUCCAGUUCAAGCUGGUCGUUAUGCUGUGGCCAAGAAUGCUAAUCCCAAUAGAAAAACAAUUGCUAGGGUUAGAGAGCAUGAAUGUGUUGUGUGUCCAGUGUGUUACAAUCUUUCAGAAGUGAGGUGCUGGUCGUCUACUUCAAAGCACAAGCCACUUCUGAAUUAUCUUAGACACUUUAAAGAAUGUCACCGUAUCGGGAGACAAAAAAGUACAUUCUUUGAUGGAUAUUCAUACUAA